GACUUCCUCCGCCGACUUGGGGUUUCCCAGCCGUCCUGGUGUAGCCCCCCUCACCUCCGCUGCCCUCCUAAGGACCCCGCCACCAGGCUGUCCUCCAGCUCCCUCGGCGCUCUCCUAAGUGGCUCGAUAAGACCCUGAGUGACCCGGGGAACGCCUGUAACCUGUGUUCGCUUGGCACCAGAGUAGGAUUCGUUUGAAAAGAAUUCACUUGGAUCAUCCCCAGCAGUCCAAAAAUCUGAUCUGGGACACAAGAGAAGGAAGCGCGGCGGAGCUGUUUACGCCGCGGGAGCAGGAUGCUGAUUACACUGCUCGAUUGCUUGACAACCUACGAGCGUAGCUUUAGUUCCUUCUACCCUCGGCCCCCGCACAGCGAGAAGGUAAAGGUGGUGAAAGCUCCAAACUAAGAUUGUAUCGAAAUGGACACAGAAAUCAACUUGCUGAGAAAUGAAAAUCAAACGCUACAUCAUAUUCUUACCUGGUACCAAAGAGAUAGUUUUCCCAAAUAUUCAUCUGUACAGAAAUCUGUCUUCAGAGGACAUGGAGAUGACGUGUUGGGAAACUCAGUAACUAACCAAAGCUUUUUAGCUCCUCUUAUUGCUGAGUAUGAUAACCUUCUAGCACAACUAAAUGAGCAGCUGAAAUAUUAUCAGAAGCAGAUGGGUGAGCUGAAACUACAACUUGAAAAUGUCAUCAAAGAAAAUGAAAGGUUACACAGUGAAUUAAAAGACGUUGUUGAAAAGCAAUUGGAGGCCCUUCCCCUUGACACAGAGAUAGGAAUAGCUAUAAGUACAGAUGAUGAAACAGUCAGAAACCUUCAAGAACAAUUGCAACUAGCCAAUCAAGAGAAAACUCAGGCUGUGGAACUCUGGCAGACUGUUUCUCAGGAGUUAGAGAGAUUACAGAAAUUGUAUCAGGAACAUAUGACUGAGGCCCAGAUUCACGUACUAGAAAGUCAAAAGCAAAAGGAUCAGCUGACCAAUUAUCAACAACUGACCAAGCAACUUCACAUUAAUAAGGUGAACACAGAAGUGGCUAACCAACAUAUUCUGAAAACAAUAACUGAACAAAGUGUGGAAAUUGAACAGCUCCGAAAACAACUUAGGCAAGCCAAGACAGAUAUGAGAAUUGCAGUAGCAAAAGUAGAAGAAUUAACUAAAGUGACUGAAGAUCUUCAGGGACAGAUGCAAAAGAAGGAGGAGGAUAUGAUGUCUGCCCAAGGAAGAGAGGAAGCAUCAGAUAGGCGUGUACAGCAAUUACAAACUAGUAUAAAACAAUUAGAAACAAGAUUAUGUGUGGAAAUCCAAGAGGCCAACCAAUUAAGAGCAGAAAAAACACACCUGGAAAAACAUACCAGAGACCUACAGGCAACGUGUAAUGAAUUAGAAAAUGAGAAAUUUGAGGCUAUUACAAGAGCCCGAAAUAGUAUGCAACUCUUAGAAGAAGCUAACCUUCAAAAAAAUCAGAUUACAAACACAAAAAAGCAAUAUAAUGUACAGAUUUCUCGAUUAUCAGAAGAACUGUCAGCCCUUCAAAUGGAAUGUGCUGAGAAACAAGGCCAAAUGGAAAGAACCAUUAAGGAAAAAAAAGCGGUAGAGGAAGAACUAGAAAAGGUUUACCGUGAAGGCAGAGGAAAUGAAAAUGAUUACAGAAAACUGGAAGAAAUGCACCAAAGAUGCUUAGUUGCAGAGCGUUCAAAAGAUGAUCUUCAGCUAACACUUAAGAGAGCAGAAAAUAGAAUAAAACAACUUGAAAUUAACUCCUCAGAAGAAAUAUCACGUUCCCAAGAAAUGAUUCAGAAACUUCAAAAUGUAUUGGAGUCUGAGAGAAAGAACUGUGGAUUUGUCAGUGAACAAAGGCUGAAACUUCAGCAAGAAAAUGAACAGUUACAGAAGGAGACUGAGAAUUUAAGAAAGAUUGCUCUGGAGGCUCAAAAAACAGCCAAAUUAAAGAUCAGUACAAUGGAACAUGAAUUUUCAAUAAAGGAACAUGGGUUUGAAGUUCAAUUGAGAGAGAUGGAAGACAGUAAUCGAAACUCCACCAUUGAACUGCGGCAUCUCUUAUCAACUCAACAGAAGGCAGCCAAUAGGUGGAAAGAAGAAACAAAGAAACUUACUGAAAGUGCAGAAAUUAGAAUCGGUAAUCUAAAGAGUGAGCUGAGUCGACAGAAACUUUAUACCCAAGAGCUGCUUUCUCAGCUGGAAAUAGCAAAUGAAAAGGUAGUUGAGAAUGAAAAGUUAAUUCUAGAGAAUCAAGAAAAAGCCAACAGACUUCAAAGGCGUCUAAAUCAGGCUGAAGAGAGAGCUGCUUCAGCUUCCCAGCAGCUCAGUGUGAUUACAGUGCAGAGAAGAAAAGCAGCCUCCAUGAUGAAUCUGGAAAAUAUUUAAAAAUAUUCAUAGUUCACUCACAGAACAUUAGAGUUGGGAAAGCAGUUGGACUAAGUGUAUUCAAGUGGUAAAACCUGCAGGGAAUGGUUAAGGCCUGUGUCAUUUUGCAUAAGCAUUUUGCAUUCUGUUUUGAGGGUUAUUGGAAAACAGAACAGUGACAGCUUCCUGUAAGUAAAGAAAAUAUAAUGCUUUAUUGCGCUUCACUGGAGAAUAAAGCCAGCUGAGAAGAACU